AUGCCAGCAAUGCUGGAGGACCCGACCAGUCCUCCCCUCUACCGAAGAUCUGGGGCUCCCCCAUUCCCCGGCCCCGAUAUCCCUCCGUCUCUCCCCCUGGAUAUACUUCCACGGACCGUGACUCUUCGAGACCGUCAGACAGUGGCUACCAUCGUCCCUUUUGCGUCUUGUCACCAACUCCCUGCUACGCUGCUUGUAUACUUGUGCGAGCAGCUGAAUAAAGAGAUCGAAGGUGGCGAUACGUAUCCGAUGCUGGACCUCUUUGAUCCGGAAGAUUUCGCUAAAUACUGGUUUCAAAACUUUGGUGCUGUCAUGCUAUUGGGAAAUAUCGACGGCCCCCAGGCCGUGGUAGAGGGGAAGGAUUGGGGCAAGGAAUGCCUGGGGAGCUUCUACAUCAAACCCAACUACCCGGGGAGAAGCAGUCACGUCUGCAAUGGUGGCUUUCUCGUGACUGAUGCCUCACGAGGCCGUGGCGUAGGCCGACUUAUGGGAGAGACGUAUCUUGACUGGGCUCCGCGAUUAGGCUACACAUAUAGCGUCUUCAAUCUGGUCUAUGAGACCAACGUGGCCUCUUGUCGCAUAUGGGAUGGCCUGGGCUUCAAAAGGAUCGGCCGCGUCAAAGGUUGCGGGAACCUCAAAUCUCACCCAGAUCGCUUUAUUGACGCCAUCAUCUACGGCCGAGACCUGACGCCCGUAGAGGCAGAGGAACUAGUUAGUGAAGAACGCUUUGACAAGAUCAAAUUCUACCUUAAGUACGGCAAGUAUCCGGACGGCGCCGAUCGCGCUGAAAAGAGCAGGCUGCGCAGCGCAGCGACGCAUUAUAAGCUCCUGGACGACGACAAGCUGAUGCUCAAGGACAAGGAGGUUAUUUCGGACCCCGCCCAGCAGUAUGAGAUCUCAAGAAAUGUUCAUACAGAGCAGCACGCCGGAAUCAAUAAGACCACCGCGACAAUUGCGGAGAAGUAUCACUGGAGUAGAAUCAAAGAAACGGUCAGUGAUGUGAUACGAAACUGUCCCGAGUGCAAGGAUCUGGGUAAAUCGCCUAAUUCCGGCAGCGGGAAGAGAGGCGCUUUUACCAAUAGCAGCAACAUGAACCCCCCAGUUGCCGCAACAGUGACGCUCGGUGGAGGUGCGGAUGACCAUGUUCCUCCGCAGGAAACUCCUGGGAACACCACCCUUCUGGGGCAUCCUCAUGCAAUGAUGCCUACGCUUUCUCAUCCCGACCCUCACCCAGGUUCUGGCGGCUAUGCGAACCCCAAUGACCUAUCGACCGUUACACCAUCUCACACCUUUCACCACAAUCCAAUGCUACAAGGCCAUCACUACUCCGAUCCCCCUGCGGACUCGCAGAUCAUCAAUCACCACCACACUCAUCACCAUGACAACCCGUUCGAUAGUUACCAGGCCCAGGAUUUCCAGGCCCUGUUAAACGCAACUGGGGAUGAUGUAGAUGUGUCAGAACAGGAUGCCGACGCAUCUGCUGUGGACCGAGAUCUGGAGAUGCUGAUCCAACAUGGCGAUGAUGACGAUGAUGACCCUAUGGGAGGACUGGGAAAUUCAACUGAGAAAGACAAGAGGGUUGUGCUAUAG